GUCACGUCACGUGACAGGUAGCAUAGUAACCAGCAAGCUUCCGGUGGCGCGCAGGUGUUGUACUCGUUCCCCGGCGAUUAUAUUCGUAAAAAUACGAAUAGUAAUCCGAGUAACCGAACAUUAUUGAGGCAGCGAGAUGCCGGGAAAACAGUGUCAACAGUUCAAAACGGGGGACCUCGUGUUUGCCAAAAUGAAGGGAUUCCCCCAUUGGCCUGCGAGGGUCUGUAAGUUAGACGAGAGCCACAAGAAGAGAGUUCCUGUUUUCUUUUUUGGGACCCAUCAAAUAGGUCAUAUCGCUCCGGAACACAUCGUCCCGUUCGCCGGGAACAAGAUGAAGUACGGCAGCGGCGUUCGCCUGAAAGGUUUCUCCGAGGGCAUGUGGGAGAUCCAGAACACGCCUGGAGUCGGGAAGAAAGCCAAAUUUGCAGCUAAAAGUACACCGUCAAAAUCAACCACCCCGUCUAAAGCAACCCCAUCCGCCAAAGUUUCAUCCGCAAAACCGGUUUCCGGCUCUGAAACAAAAACCGCUGCAACCAAAAGCACACCAGCUAAACCGACUCCAUCUACAAAAAGAGGCAGAGCCGCGAAACUAAAGACAGACGUCGACGUCACGCCGGUCCAGUUGACUUCAGAUGCGGAUGGCUCAUCUACAGAGACGAGCGCAAUGCGCUUGAAACGCUGUGCGGUCAAACGUGUCCCGUCGACGACCCCCGAUAGCCAGCUCGUAACCGCUUGCACGCCAGAAACCGCUCUGACUGCGUUUGACGGUGAGACAAAAAGUGUGCAGGCGACAGAAAUCCAGAGAACAUCUUCAGUGGAGGACAUUAAAAUGGAAAUCCAGAGCACGCGGGUAGCUUCCACGCCUGAAAGUGACGCCGCCGCGCAGUCGUUGACGUCUCCGGCGCAGAGGCGACGAGGGCGGCCGAGUAAAGCCUCGGCGAUGGAAAAGAAACCAGAAACACGACAGACUGAAGUUGAGCAGAUCGCGCAGAGCAGCACAAAAGGGUCCGUCAGAACUCGGCGACAGAAGUCGGGAACGAUCACGAAUCCUGACUGUUCCGAUGCAAGCGAGCCAAAAGAUGAGCGCACCGCUCCGCAGGAAGCUUCCACUCCAGAAAAUGCUCCCACUUCAACGCAAAUGGCGAAGAGGGUACGAGGCCGGUUGAUAAAAACGGCGAAUCAGAUGAACAGCGAGGUUGAAAUCACACAACCUGACCCCACUGCCUCCAAAUUAGUUGAUCAGGAGACCCGACCCGCUUCGACGCUAACCUCCAGCGUUAGUGAGGGCAAACCGAACGAGGAGCAGAAGGCAGCGGAGAUGAUGGAGGAGUCGAGACCUUGCCCAGAAGCAGAAGAAGAGGAAGGGAAAACGGACAAGAAGGAAGGAAAGGUGGAUUCGACGCUUAAUGAAGGAAGGAAGAAGAAGAGAAAAGAAGGUGAAAGGACCAAAACCGUGCAAGAAGGUAAGACAAACCUGAUAAUAGAGGAGUCGAAACUCGCCCAGGAAAGUAAGCUGUUAAGUAAAGAGGAGGAGAACAAAAAAGGAGGAACAACAGCAGUGACGGUAGAGCAGACAACACUUGUCCGAGGAGAGAUGAAGCUAAAUGAUGGAGAAAAAGAGGAGACCAAACAGGAAGGAGUUGAGGAAGGGACAGUAGAACAGUCCGCAGCUCUCCAAGGAGAGAAGACAAAGACGACAGAAGAAGAAAAGGCUGGGUCGACGCCUAGUGAAGGAAGGAAGAGAAAAGGAGAAAAUAGCCAACCCGUGCAAGAAGGAAAGACAAAGUUGAUCGAGGAGUCGACACUCACUCAGGAAAGAAAGCGGCCAAGAAAAGAGAAGAGCAAAGAAGGAGGAAAACCGGUAGAGCAGACAACACUUGUCCGAGGAGAGACAAAGCUAAACGAUGGAGAAAAAGAGGUGACCAAACCAGGAGAAGUUGAGGAAGGGAGAAUAGAACAAUCCACAGCUCUCCAAGGAGAGAAGACAAAGACGACAGAAGAAGAAAAGGCUGGGUCGACGCCUAGUGAAGGAAGGAAGAGAAAAGGAGAAAAUAGCCAACCCGUGCAAGAAGGAAAGACAAAGUUAAUAGAGGAGUCGACACUCGCUCAGGAAACAAAGCAGCUAAGAAAAGAGGAGGAGAGCACAGAGGGAGGAAAAACAACAGUAACGGUACAGCAAGCAACACUUGUCCUAAGAGAGAGGAAGCUAAAUGAUGGCGAAAACCAGGAGACCAAACAGGGAGGAGUUGAGGAAGGGAAAACCGCAGCAACGGUAGAACAGUCCGCAGGUGUCCAAAGAGAGAAGACAAAGACGACAGAAGAAGAAAAGGCUGGGUCGAUGCCGAGUGAAAGAGGGAAGAGAAAGAGCAAACCUGUGCAAGAAGGAAAGACAAAGCUGAUGGUAGAGGAGUCGACACUUGCUCAGGAAAGAAAGCUGAUAAGAAAAGAAGGGGAGAGCAAAGAAGGAGGAAAAACGAUAGAGACUGUAGAGCAGGCAACACUUGUCCAAGGAGAGGUGAAGCUAAAUGAUGGAGAAAAAGAGGAGACCAAACCGGGAGAAGUUGAGAAAGGGACAGUAGAACAGUCCACAGCUCUUCAAGGAGAGAAGACAAAGACAACACAAGAAGAAAAGGGCGAGACCCAACAAGCAGGAACGAUAGAAGGAAAGACGGAAAUGACGACUCUUAGCCGAGGGGAGAAGACGGAAACAAAUGUAGUGGAAAAAAAGACAAAGCUCAGUGAUAGCAAAGAAGAAAAAGUGGAGGCGAGGACGGAGGAGACUACAGUUGUUCCAGAAGAGAAGUCUAAGCGAAAAGAAGACAAGGAGACCCAGCAAGAGGAAGCUGGGAAAGGAAAAACGGAUGUGCCACCUAAGGAGUCGACACUUAGUCAAGGAGGGAAGAGGCAGAAAAAAGAAGAGCCUGAGCAGGAGGGAGGGAAGGAAGGAACAAUAAAGCGGGAGAAGAGAAAGAGAAAAGAAGUUGAAGAGGAAAAGACCAAGCUGGAAGGAGGUGAGAAGGACAAGAGGGUGACGACAGAGGAGUUGACAGCUGCCAGAGAAGGGAAGACCAAGAAAAAACAAGAAAAAGAAGAUGGGGAGAAAGGAAAGACGCAGGUGUCAACACAGGAGUCGGCGCUUAGUCAAGAAAGGAAAAGGCAGAGAAAGGAAGAGAAAAGAAACCUGGAGAAGUCAACUUCUGCCCAAGAGGAGAAAAGCAAGGGUAAGGAGGACCCCAAGCAGGAAAGAGGUGAGAAAGCAAAGACACAGGUGACAACUGAGGAGUCGACUCUUAGUCAAGGAGGGAAGAGGCAGAAAAAGGAGGAGACCAAGCAGGAAGAAAAAGGCUUGAAGACAAAAGAAGUCGGGAAAAAACUCGCAGGCAAGGAGCAAGGGAUGAAAACGACGAGAGGAGAUUCGCAAGGAGAGGGCAGGCGAGAAAGCCGGACAAGUGACAGGAAGGACGAGGGAGCCAAGAGAAAGGAGGUGACGGGGGACAGAAGAGAUGAGAAGAGGAGCUCCAGGAAAGAGAAGGACUCAAGGGAGAGAAGAAGGCUACCCAAGGAGGCCAAAGUCCGACCCAAGGAGGGAAGCGACAUGGAAGAGCAGCAACAGCGGCGACUGGCGGCCAAGAGGGAGAGUGUGCUGAAAUCCCUACGAGGUCUGCUCAAAUCCUCCCGAGGCAACAAGCGGAGGGACGCGGGUGCCAAGGGCGUUACGAAGUCCACCUUCCGAUCCACGACCAAGCGCGCCAGGGGCCACAAUUUGCUCAAAGAAUCCAACAUUCGAAAGAAAAGUACAGGAAGUCCUUCAGUCGAGAAAGUCAAAGAGAAGAAUCCCCCCGCGGCUGGAUCACAAAGUGACGCCAAAGCUCAAGAGGGUUUGGAAAAAGACGGCAGGAAGUUGAUCGGUAAAAUUGUCAAAGCCACCACUAAGGUUCAGGUCAAGACCAUGAUGGGCGGAGCCUCGCUUCCACCGCCGCCGCAAGAAGAGGACGAGAAGAAGAGGGCGGCCGCGGACAAGAGUGCGCCGGAGGAAAAAAAGCCCGACCGGACUUUGACGGACGACGAGAAGGCCGCAACUAAGCGCCGCGAUGAGACGCGGAAGGACAAAGACGCGGGAAAGAAGACAGAAAAAAAUGUAUCGCAGAAGGACGGCGGUGCCAAACAGCAAAGCGCCGAGAAGAGUCGCAAGCCCUCUACCGAGGAGGACAAGAACCACCAGCAGAAGAAGAAUAACCACAACCUGACGGCCACUGACUCCACCCUGCACAGGAUCCAUGGAGACAUCCGCAUCUCACUCAAGAAUGACAAACCGGAUUUUGCCAAGUGCCUGGCGGCGUUGGAUCAGCUCAGCGGCGUCUACGUAACCUCGCAGCACGUAGAGAGGCACAGCGAGCUGAUCUCCACCCUGAGGAAGAUGCGCUUCUACCGCGCCAACCAAGACAUUAUGGACAAGGCGGCCAUGUUGUACAACCGCUUCAAGAACGCCUUCAUCCUAGGCGAGGGCGAGGAGGUGGUAAGCGCCGCCUUCCUCCGAUCGCUGCUUGAGGAGAAGGAACGCGAGGAGGCAGAGCGCUGCAAAAAGCCCCCAGGCACACCUUCAGUGGACUAGAAGUCAAUGGAACUGAUCCAGGUCCACGCAGUUCCCAUGGAAACUUGAACUGAAGCAAGAUUUUAGUCUUGACCCGGACAUUUUGUAUUUAUUCAUGUUUAACAGCCUUGUGAAGUGUGACGGAUAUUUUUAUUCAGUAGAUUUGUUUUUUUUUUUUUUUUUUUUUUUUUCGUUUUUAAUCGGUCUAUUUUGCUGUACAGGAACUUUC